UCUCUCGGCCCCGCUUCUCCUCUCUCCUCAUCGAUUCCUCUCGAAGCCAAAAAAAAAAAAAAAAAAAGAAAAAAAGAAAAAAGCAAAAAUCUCCAACGCAGUUUCCGUGAAUCCAAUCCCCAUCUCUCCCCCUGCUUUCUCGUGCUGCAGCAGCAGCAGCUUCUUCUUCUUUCUACGUUUCACGAGAUCUUGAAGACCCAUCUCUAGAAUUUGCGAGAAGAAAAUGGAUCAACUAGCGGUGGCCAACCGGAACAGCAAUUGGGUAUCGGCGGUUGUGCCGUUGAUGAAACUCUUGAGCCUCACGGUGAUCGGCCUCAUACUGGGCCACCCGAAAACCCAGAUUGUUCCGAGAGCCACUUUUAAGCUCUUGAGCAAGCUCGUCUUCGCGCUUUUCCUGCCGUGCCUCAUCUUCGUCCACUUGGGCGAGUCCGUCACUUUGAAAGAAGUCCUUUUGUGGUGGUUCGUCCCCGUCAAUGUGCUCAUCAGCACGGUGAUCGGGUGCGCUCUUGGGUAUGUUGUGGCCGUCGUAUGCCGCCCUCCGCCGCAGUUCUAUCGGCUCACCGUGAUCAUGACCGGAUUUGGAAACACGGGUAAUCUCCCCAUCGCCAUAAUUGGCUCGGUCUGCCACAGCGCGGACCAGCCGUUCGGUCCCAACUGCCAGAGAACGGGCGUCGCUUACGUCUCCUUCGCUCAGUGGGUCGCCGUGAUCCUUGUCUAUACCUUGGUCUACCACAUGAUGGAGCCGCCCAUGGAGUAUUACGAGAUAAUCGCGGAUGAAAAUGAGAUACAAGCAGCACAGGAGCCUAUCGGCGAUAUGAGUCGGCCUCUUCUUCAGGAAGCUGAGUGGCCGGGAAUGAUCGAUAAAGAGACCGAGCACUCAAAGACACCCUUUAUCGCCAGAGUCUUCAUGAGCAUCUCGGGAUCUUCUCUAAACGCGUUCCCCGAUUUUGACUUGAGCGAGGAGGGGAUCACUGGAGGUGCCGGGCCCAGUAGUCCCAAGUCUCUUAGGUGUUUGGCCGAGCCGAAGGUUGUAAGACGGAUGAGAAUCGUCGCCGAAAAGACGCCGAUUCAACACAUUCUUCAACCACCCACGAUUGCUUCUUUGUUAGCCCUUAUCGUCGGGAUGGUGCCUAUAUUUAGGGAUUUCGUAUUUGGUAGCGAUGCCCCGCUCUCGUUCUUCACAGAUAGUUUGGAGAUAUUGGCAGGAGCUGUCGUUCCGUCGGUGAUGCUUAUAUUGGGAGGAAUGCUUGCGGAAGGCCCUAACGAUUCAUCUCUCGGGCUAAGGACGACUGUUGGAAUCACCGUCGCAAGGCUAUUAAUUCUUCCCUGUAUUGGAAUUGGGGUAAUAGCUUUGGCCGAUAAAUUGAAUCUCUUGAUUAUAGGAGAUCAAAUGUAUCGUUUUGUGCUUCUACUGCAAUAUACAACUCCGAGCGCCAUUCUAUUGGGAGCUAUUGCCAGCUUGAGGGGAUAUGCAGUGAAGGAAGCUUCGGCGCUCUUGUUCUGGCAGCAUGUGUGUGCAGUAGUGUCGCUCUCUGUUUAUAUCGUCGUCUACUUCAAUUUGCUUUCCAACAUCUAAGGCGGUAUGGUAUCGUGAGUUGAAUAUAUUUUUGUUAGUUAUUGUUUAUCUUGGCUAGUCGAUGAAUAAGUGUUGUUUUGUGUUAUUAUUGGAGUUCAUGUGAAAAUAAACUGCUUGCAUGUCUGUUAAAUUUGCAAGAAUGGCCCUAAGUCGUUGUUUUGUAUUUAUUAGGGGAACUUAAGCUACUUAAGUAAUCAAGGUCUACUGCCUAUUUUUUGGUUUGUAAAGUGAUUUUGUGAAAUUAGCAUUUCGCCUUUAGUCUUA